AUGUACCACCAGAGGGUCCUCACUGGUGAACGGCCCCAUAAAUGUACCGAGUGCGGGAGCAGCUUCUGCUACAAGAAAGCCCUCACGAAACAUAUGCGGACUUAUACAGGUAAGAAGCCCUUUUCCUGUGUCGAGUGUGGGAGAAAGUUCGCCACCAAGUGCAGCCUCCAGUCCCAUCAGAAAACCCGCAUGGGGGAGAAACCAUUCAAGUACAGGUACUGUGGGAAAAACUACUGGGAGUACCGUCGGCGCCAGAGGCACAAGGAAGUCUACACGGGGAAACGGCCAACGUGCCCCGAGUGCGGGAAGCAAUCGCAGACGGAGAGGGAGCUCCUGAUACGCCAGCGCCUCAGUCCACAGCAGAACGCAUGCAACGUGUACACACACAUGCAGCAUGUCUGUGGCAAACAGGAGAAGAAAAAGAGACGGGAAAGCAAGAGCUGUGUGAAUCGCUUCAAAUGA